AUUUCUUAUUCUUCUUCUUCCGAUUCGCAUUUUCCGAUCGCUUCGCCGUCGCAGAAAUGACCAAGUUCAGGAAGCUCGGCCGCCCAGCUGGUCAUCGUAUGUCCAUGCUCAGGACUAUGGUUUCUCAAUUGGUGAAACACGAGCGAAUUGAGACCACUGUUGCGAAGGCUAAAGAAGUCCGUCGUCUUGCUGAUAAUAUGGUUCAACUUGGAAAAGAGGGCUCACUCGCUGCAGCAAGACGAGCUGCUGGGUUUGUUAGAGGAGAUGAUGUACUUCACAAGAUUUUUACAGAAUUGGCUUAUCGAUACAAAGAUAGAGCUGGUGGAUACACAAGAAUGCUUCGUACUCGCAUACGUGUUGGUGAUGCUGCACCAAUGGCCUAUAUCGAGUUUAUUGAUAGAGAGAACGAGCUAAGACAAUCAAAACCAGCAACACCUCAACCUCCACCUCGAGUGCCACUUGAUCCAUGGGCUAGAUCCCGUCUCACCAGGCAAUAUGCUCCACCAAAGGAGGAGAAAAGUUGGGAUUCCGACCUAUAAAUAUAAGAUCUCUCUCGCUCUCUCACACCAAAAGAUCAUGUUUUGUUCCCCUUGCCCUGUUGCCCAUGUUGUUUCUCUUUCUACCCAUAGCUUUGUGUGUCUGUCACCUUAUUCAUCAAUGUCAUUCACAAUAUGUGUUUGACACAUGGUAAAACAUAACAAAGUCAUUUACUUUUAACCCUUUGAAACAGUUUAAAUGUAGUUUCCUUGAAGCAUCAAGCAUUUUUACCCAUUUCCUUAAAAGGAACACUUAUAAAGUUCUUCUCAUU